AUGAACAGUGGAACCUCGAAGACUGAGUUGCAGCCCGUGCUUGGCAGUGAGAAAUCCAUUAUGGAUAGUGCGAAUGUUUCAGUGACAAUAAUGGAUGAGAGUCCCGGUUCCAGCUCCAGCUCCAGCUCGAGUCCUGACAUUGAUUCGCUCCUCUCCCCGGACAGGAGGCGCUCCGACCCGCUCGGACUCAGCGCUGGUGGCAGGGGCAGGCCUGCAGCUGCGAACGCGGCUCGGGAAAGGAGCCGAGUUCAGACACUGCGACACGCUUUUCUGGAACUGCAGCGAACUCUGCCCUCAGUUCCUCCGGACACCAAGCUGUCCAAACUCGACGUCUUAAUACUGGCCACCACGUAUAUCGCCCAUUUGACCAGGACCCUGCAAGAAGAGGGGAUGGAAGACGGAGAGGGCACGAGGCAUGCUGAUGUAUUACAUUCUCUCAAAGGAGAGGGCUACUUGCACCCUGUAAAAAAAUGGCCUAUGCGAUCCAGGUUGUACAUUGGAGCUACAGGCCAGUUUCUGAAUAAUUCAGGGCAGGCUGAAAAUCCAGACCAAGGUGAAUCAUCAUCAGCUUCACAGACUUAACUAAGCAUCAGUGGGGGUAUUUCAUUUAAUGGUCAACUCUCAAACCCAAAAAUCCACAUCCUCAUAGGAAUAAAGAUUUUCCAGGAACA